AUGACCUCGGGGAAGGAAGCCAGCCAUUGGCUCUUGCUUUUUGCACUAGGUAUCGCUGUGGGCAGAGCCAUGGUGGAGACGGUGGGUCCCACCAACCUGCUGGACUUCUGCAGCCAGAAGCUGUCGGAGUUCCUGGGCAAUGCCGAGCACAAGCAUUUGGCGUGGCUGCGGGAAAUCGAGGAGGAGGCGGUGAAGAUGUUUGAUAGCAACUUCAGUGCUGAGCCUGGACUGAUGCCCAAAACACCAUCGCAGAAGAAACGGAGAAGGAAGAAAAGCUCCUUUUCUCUGAGGGAGGAGAACAAAGAAUUGUCCAGAAAAAGGUUAUCAAGAAGGAGAAGUAGUCUCAAGUUAACAUCUUCAAAGCAACCUUUACAAAGGCUCCGAAGCAAAGAGGGUCUGGAAAACUCAACUGAUGUAAGGGAAGGAGUAUCAACCCCCUGUAGCACAGCAAAGCUCCCAGCCUAUGCUGAAGCAAAGCUUUCUGUGCCAUCAGACGCAGUGGCUGUGAUGCAGCGAGCAGAAGGGCAGAUUCCCUUGACAGAAAUCAUCCCCAGUAAUCUCCUUGGGCAAGAAUUGGGUGUGAAAGGGGAGACACUUGAAACUACAAGUAGCACCCUGGGGGCCAUCUCAAAGGACUGGUCUCCUAAGAAGACUGAUGUUACUGAACUGCCCCCUAUAUCUGCAGGCCCCAUCUUAGUCAUUCCUGACCCAUCAGAAGCAAAUGAGGCUGAAGAAGCUGAAGUUGUAUCCAGCUUAAGAAUAGCAAAGACGUCCACUCCCAAAAGCAGUGGAAAUGGGGAGGUUGCAGCUAAGCAGAGGCCACCUCUUCAGGACCUAGAGAAGGAGUUUUAUCAGGACUUGAAAGACAGCACAAGGAUCUCCCCAAGCUCCAAACUGAGCCGUCGCUCAGGGCACCGAAGCUUGAUGAGGAGGUCCCACAAGAGCCACAAGACCUCAUUGGCAGAGAAGUAUUCAUUGGCCGGCAAGAGAGAGAACAUGAUCCGUAAAUCUAUCAGCAGGGCCAUUUCAAAGAAGAAGGCAGCUCAGGAGUCAUCCUCAGCCUCCAGCAGAGUGAGUUGCCAUAGCUCCAUAGAUGUGUUCAUGGAAGAUGAUCCAACCAACAGUAUCAGGCCUGGACUGGGAUUGAAUGCUGAAUAUGAUGAGACUCCUGAAAACCAGCAGAAACCCUUCUUUACUGCAAAUGAAAGUGUACUAAAUAGCAGUCCUGUUGCAGUGCAAUCGCCUCGGCCAAAGAACCCCUUUUGGGAAGAGCAACAGGCAGGGAACAGUGAAGAGAGCUGCUCAAAUAAGACUGAAAAACCCCAGAGCAACAAAAGCAAGGAACAGUUCCAGAGUGCCAAGCCCCAGGAGGAGUCCCCACAGAUACGAACACGCAGUUAUAAGCACGCAGUGGAUAACCUGCAUGAUGGGCAGCAGCAUGUAGACAGUGACUUCUCACCUUCAAAUGACAAGAUUACGCAUUCUCCUAUUCUUUCUUCCUCCGCAGCUAGCAAGGUCAUCCGUCCAUUGAAAAGCUUCCUACAGACAGUGCAGAAGAACCAGCUGCUCGCAACCCCAGAGUCUGUAGGGCGCAAUAGUAUCAUGAAAAACCUUAUCAGACGCAAUACUCCCACCCGACCUGAUCCGAAGGGGGAUUUUGUUGAGAAGGAACGGCAGCGGCUGGAGAGUCUGAGGAAGAAGGAAGAGGCUGAGCUACAGAGAAAACAGAAGGUGGAGGAGGAGAAGAGACGGCGAUUGGAAGAAAUGAAACUGAAGCGUGAGGAGCGUCUGAGAAAGGCACUGCUGGCACGGGAGCGAGUGGAACAGAUAGAGGAGGAGAAGAAAAAGAGGAGGGAACAGAAACUCUUUCAUACUGAUGAGAAGGUGCGAGAAGAGAAGGUGGUAGAAGAAAAGACUAAGAAAAAACUAGGCAAGAAGACUGGAGAAGCUGAAGCCCGAAAGCAGAAAGUGCUGCAGAUGGAGGAAGAUGAGUAUAAGCAGCAGGAGCUGUUGCAAAAAAGAGCAGAGGAUGAACAGAGAGAAAAAGGAAAGGUGGUCUUGGAGCUGAAGAAACUAGCUGAACAACGACAGGUGGAACAAGCAGAGAGGGAUUGCAUAAAGCAAGGGAAGGCCCUUCAUCCACAGAUGCAGCUGGCAGUGCUUGCAGAGGAAGAGGAAGAAAACCAAAGGAAGGAGGAAAAGAGCCCACAAGAGCUGGAACAGCAGCAGUGGCAGGAGAAGAAAAUCGAGCAACCAGGAUCGAUUGUCGUUGCUUCCACUAAGUUGCUAAACAUAGUGAUGAAGACCUCUGCCUCCAGCUCUUGCCGAGGGCCAAUGAAGGGCCCAAAAGAAUCCAAGUUCCCCAAGGUAAAUCCAAAUAAUUAUGGGAUGGAUCUGAACAGCGAUGACUCCACAGAUGAUGAAAGCCAGCCCCGUAAGCCCAUCCCCACCUGGGCCAAUGGGUCUCAGCUUAAUCAAGCUGUUACAUACCAGUACUACAACCCUCCAAAUACUGACUUGCUCUUUGGAGUUAUUGCAAGCCCCAAACUGGAGGACAUUUUCUACAAGAACAAGCCACGGUACUUCAAACGUACAAGCUCUGCUGUCUGGCAUUCUCCACCCCUUCCUGGUACCAAACCCACUUUUGGCCUGUCCUACAGCUUCAAAAACUGAGGAUGAGAAAAAUGUCCAUCACACUGCAGUUUGGCACUUCAGUCUGUCAUCUUUUUUGGGGGUUUUUUCUAAUACUGAGAUUUUUCUAAUACUAAAAACUUCAAUUACUUUGGAUAGGUAUGUUUUUAUAGAUAAAGACUUUAAAUAAAACAUUCUAGUUUAGUAAAUAAGCAGGACCGUUCUUCCUGUCUGGAAUUGUGCUCUAAGGGGAAGGAUACAGGCUUACUGAUUUAAAAACAACACUACCCGUUCUUAAUAAUGUGACCACUCUUUUGGUUCUUUUUUGUACCCUAUCCCCUUUCAUGUUUCAUGUGUUGCUGCCAGAUUCUGCUAGUCCUCUCUAAUUAGUGUACUUUGAGAGACAUUUGUAGAACCAACAUCCAUGGGAAGCGCAGCCAUCAAAGGAAGAGCUGAUACCUUUGUCACAGUUUGUGUCCUUGAGAUACCUGAAUCAUCCAAAUAACUUUACCUAGGAUUUUUAUGUGGAGGAGAAUCUCUUUUAAAAGAGUGUGACUUGCUAUGCCUGUGUGGCUCGUGCUGUACAUUCGCUACUCUACACAGUGUGGUCUCUAUUACUGUGAUCUGAAAUUUGAUUUUUGUCUUGGUCAAAACAGAACUUUCUAUCCUGUUUCAUGUGCUUGAAUUAAUCUUUUCCCCAUUCUGACUUUUUUUUUUUUUUUUUUUAAAUAUGUAAAUCCACUUCCAGAUGUUUCUUUGCUGCACAAGCUUCUGAGAUCAGUGCAGUCAUCCCAGACAGGAGAAAUGUCUCCUGCAGAAGCUGUGGACUGAACAAAUGACAUCUACAGGCUUGUUUAUUUAAUGCCUCUCAGUUGUAUACCAAAAGGAGAUGUUCCAGCUGUGUCUAGUCAGAUUGAGGGAAAGGGAGAUUCUGUACAGUCCUUUAAGGAUUUUAAUUUUACUCACUGCUCUUUUCAGCUAAUAGUCCACCUUGACUUUUCCUUUUGUCAGCUGUGCACUGGCUGAACCUAGUUCUCUAGACAACUUGCCCAGGAAGCUGUGGCUGAAGAGGCUCUAUAGUUGGAUGGUGUAAAAGAGCAGAACUGUGCUCUUCUGAAUAUACCUGAGCUUUCAAAAGCCUUACACUGUAGAUCUCUACAUCUCUUCAUUGGCAGGUCAUUAAACAAAGCAGUUGCUCUGCAACACACAGUUCUGUGUCCACUACCUUCUACAGCUGCUGUGCCCAGGAGGAGAAAAGCCUGUUCCCAGUAGAUUAUUUUGUUUGGGGUUUUUGUACGAUUUCCUUAGGUCUGUUCCUGACAUUGUUGAAGCUGUUCUUGGGAAUCAGACAUGGAGUAACUGUCUCUUUGUAUAAUUUCUUCCACAUUUAAGUUGAAGCAGGUGAAAAUGAAAUAGUUUGGAACAGUUCAUGCCUGACGAACACUCCUAUCUCUGCAAGCAUCCUCCCUCAAUGCAUGUUUCAGUCAGCCCCUGUGCUGGGGUGAGGUAACUUUUAAGUAGAGUUGGAAACUGUCAAGCUGGAUUUCUGUAUGUGCUUUGGAAGCUUUUCACGCUGUCAGCUUGGAUUUGAGCUAGGUGAAUAACAGAGCCAGAAGGAAAGGAAGGGCUUCGCUGAUUAGUGUUGCUUUCUUGUUGCAGAGGUACAUUGACAGGUGGAUCAGAGGCACCCUUUUUCACCAGCUUUCUGAGGGCUGGUUGUGCUCUUCAUUAACUCACCCUUUGACAGGUGAAUUUGCUUAUUGGUGCUGACCCACUUGCUGACUUGCAUAGUCAAGAACUAGA